CUAAGGAAUCUAUGAUUGUAAGUAGAUGCAAUGUAGAUUGACAUUUUUGUUGUCUAUUUAAGUUACAAGUUGAAAAGAAGUAGAUAAAGCAAUUGGUCUCAGCGUCAGAAGUGUAAUGGCUAACGAGAAUGGCAUAGAUGUAACAAGGUUUGCUCAUUUUGCAAAUCCCGACUGGAAAGAUCCGGUGCACAGGAGAUGCAUAGCUUCAAGCCUAGUGAAUGUUGUAUACCUCCUUGAAACCAAUGAAAACCAGGCUAAUGAGUUGUGUUGCUUGCUUCAAUUUGAAGUGAAGCAAACUGUAAUUGACGACCAUGACAACUCUAUAUAUGGAGCUAUUUUUCAGUGGCAUGGAAGAAUGAAAGCAUGUCCAGGUGGGCCUCCUUCUGAAGUAGUUGCGUUCAGAGGUACGCUUCUUCGACCAAGAAAUAUUUUUCAUGACUUGGUCGAAGAUUUGAGGGUAGCCAUUGCACACUAUGACUGCAUAUCCAGGGUCGAAAAGGGCUUACAAUCCCUAAGAGUGAGCCUUUAUGAUAAUGGGUACAACAAUGUUUGGCUUGCAGGGCAUUUAUUGGGAGCUCCUAUUGCAUUGGGUAUAGCAAUGAAUCUGUAGAGGGAUGAACGUCAUAAUCUUGAAGCACAUCUUUUCAAUCCUCCAUUUAUUUGCCCUACAAUUCCACAGUUGAAAGUAAUUGAAAAGAGUAGAAGUUGUUCAGCAUUGAAUAAGGUAUUGAGAGAUGACCAGAGAUCGCUUGAGUUGUACGCUAAAUUCGUUGGCAUUAGCGAUUGGGUACCCAACAUCUAUGUGAACCAAAAGGAUCCCAUUUGUCAGAAUUACGUUCACUAUUUUGAGGUGUUAAUGGGUAUAUAUAGACAUAGAAGUCAUCUGCUUUAUGAGAGUAUGAAGUAUCUCUUUUCUUUUGAUCUGCUAAAAAAGAAAAGCCCUUGGCAUUUAGUUCCCUCUGCUAUGGUGAUUGUGGCAACUAAACAUUUCUUUCACAACCAUCACACUAUUCGUCAAUGGUGGCAUAAGGAUCUUCGUAUCAAUAGUAUUGAAUAUAUCCCUCCAGAUGAAGUUAUUCAAAGUUUUAAAUAUAACCUUCCAGUUGAAAUGAUUGAGUAAAAAUUCCAACACCUUCACAAAAGACUGCAGCUUCUCAUCUUUUAUUUGACGGAAAAGAAGGGUAUAAUACUAUUAGGGUAUAAUACAACAGUGAUAACACUACUCUCACUAGAGUGAUGUAAGUGCAUGUUUCACAUAUGC